AUGAACCGUUUGCAGUCAGCUCGAGAGGAAGCCUACAAAUUCAUUAUUGCCAUAUCGGGAUCGAUUUCUGUGCUAUCACUUCUUACAAUAUGUCUCGUUGUUCCCUCUAUGUACAACUUAGUGGACAACAUCGGACAAUUUGGCCGGUUGGACUUCGCCUACUGCGAGAGUGCCAUGUCAGACAUGGAGCAAGAGAUGGUCUCCGUUCGGGAAUCUUUCCGGGAAACUGCUUUGAAUCGAUCCUCUCGUGCAGCUAAUUACGGGAACUAUAAUCCAUCUAUGCUUGUUAAUGAUGCUCCCCAAUUUCAAGAAUGUCCAGCUUGCUGCGUUCCUGGCGAACGAGGUCCUACGGGAGAUCCCGGACUUCCUGCGCUUCCCGGCGCUCCAGGUCCCGACGGAGCUCCUGGACGGCCUGGCUCAACUCCAAAUGCAUCCUGCAUCCCCGAACGAGUGUUCGAGCCACCACCAUGUCUGCCGUGUCCACAAGGCCCAAGAGGACUUCCUGGACAUCCUGGAUUCCCUGGAGAUUCUGGAGAUCCUGGAAUUCCCGGACGACCCGGUGCUGAUGGAUUACCAGGAAAACAAGGAGAACCAGGACCCGCUGGACCUCCAGGAGUACCUGGAAAAGCUGGACCACCCGGGGAUAAGGGAAGGACACCUGAAGCUCACGUCAUCCCAGGACCCCCAGGAGAUCCAGGACCACCAGGCCCAUGGGGA